AGCACAAGGGUUACAGUGCAUUCAAAUAUACUUUUUUACACAUUCUUGAACAUUCAUCACGUGCCAGAUAUGUCUUUAGCAUUAUGGCUUUUGAUGUAGCCAUCUGCCACCCUUCCAAAGUCUUUUGCCCCCUCCUGCCCCUCAUAAAAUGUUCUAGCUCCGCCGCUGGAUACAGCAAUUAGAGGGAACAUCAAAAUGCUGUUUUGCGCAUAUUAGUUUAUUCUUAACUCUAUUUUCCCCAACUGGUUAGAGUUUAUAAAUAAUUAGGGAAUUCUGUUUUAGGCAGAUUAGUCUCAUGAGUUCAGUAAUUACACUUUUGACAUUUGCUGUGUUCUCGUGUAAACUGCUCUGACUUGACUUCUCUAUUAGGGCUGAAGAGAUCAGAUUAAAGACGUGUGUGCCCCCGUUCAUUAUUAGAGUUAAGAAAAGUGAGACCGCCCCUUUUUAGGAGUCAAAAAAAAGUGGGAUGGAAGGGGAUCGAUUAUUGCUCCUUUCACCGGUAGAAGAAGAGAUUUGGGGAAACAAUCGGGUGGAAUUGUGGGAAGGAACGGAAGCAGCCUCUCUACAUCACCAUCGAGCCCCAGACGCGCGGCACUUCACUGGCAGCGCCUGCGCCUCCACCUCCACCGCUCCAACGAGACCCUCUGCGCGCACCGGCACCUCGCGAGCAGAACAGGCGGGCGAAGCGUCCUCACUGCUGUCCGAUCAGAGAGGAGGGGGGAGAGACCGACGAGAGGGAGGGAGAAAGAGAAGGAGGGAGGGAGAACGAGAGUAGUUUUCUCUGACAUUAUAGAGACUCCUAUCACGCACGCACGUUACUUUUUUUGGUCCUCCCAGCACCGUCUUCUGCUAAGUUGCGCUCCUGGAUUUUAAGUGCGCCUCAGCGAACUCCUCCGGCGGCGGCUUCAAGCUUUCCUGUCAAACGGCCGGGCCAAAACAGCUGGCGGACCGCUUUUUCUUCUUCUUUUUUUUUUCUUUUUUUUUAGUUUCUUUUUUCCCUACUCUCUUCAGCUGGAGACGAUUUCAGGCAAAAAGAAGUACAGAUGCUGGAAUCUUUGAGCUGAUUGGAACAAAUACAAAGCAGAAGAAAGACAACUGAAAGGAAGUGAAAAGUGAAAGGAAAGAAGAGACAAGAGGAAGAAAGAAGUGAGAGAAGAAAGUUCUUUAGAAAGCAGAGAGAAAGAAAAAGACGGGGACGAUGGGGAGGAAAAAGAUUCAGAUCACACGGAUUAUGGAUGAACGCAACAGACAGGUGACAUUUACGAAGCGAAAGUUUGGCCUGAUGAAGAAGGCGUACGAGCUGAGUGUGCUGUGUGACUGUGAGAUCGCCCUGAUCAUCUUCAACAGCACCAACAAGCUGUUCCAGUACGCCAGCACAGACAUGGACAAGGUCCUGCUUAAAUACACCGAGUACAACGAGCCCCACGAGAGCAGAACCAACUCUGAUAUUGUGGAGGCUUUGAACAAGAAGGAAAACAAGGGUGGCGAGAGCCCGGAGCUCGAGUCCGCUCUCAUCCUCACCCCACGCACAGAAGAGAAAUACAAACAGAUUAAUGAGGAGUUUGAUCAUAUGAUAAAAACUCAAAAGAUACCUCAGGCUGUGCCCCCAUCAAACUAUGACAUGCCCGUAUCCAUUCCCGUUAGCAACCAGAACAAUCUAAUCUACAGUCACCCCGGUGGUACCCUAGGCAACCACAAUCUGUUGCCGCUGACACACCAUGGUCUACAGAGAAACAGCAUGUCUCCUGGAGUGACACACAGACCUCCCAGUGCAGGUAACACAGGUGGCCUCAUGGGCGCUGACCUCACCACUGGCGCAGGCACCAGUGCUGGAAAUGGCUACGGAAAUCAUCGCAACUCGCCAGGCCUGCUGGUUUCUCCUGGUGGAAUGAACAAGAACAUGCAGACAAAGUCUCCCCCACCAAUGAACCUGGGCAUGAACAACCGUAAACCUGACCUCCGUGUUUUAAUCCCUCCCGGCGGCAAGAACAACAUGCCCUCCAUUAACCAGAGAAUAAACAACUCACAGUCCGCUCAGUCAUUGGCCACCCCGGUGGUAUCCGUAGCAACUCCCACUCUGCCUGGACAAGGGAUGGGCGGAUACCCCUCUGCCAUCUCUACUUCUUACGGUACCGAGUAUUCUCUGAACAGUGCAGACCUGUCCUCACUGUCUGGCUUCAACAGUGGCAGCUCUCUGCACCUCGGCUCAGUGAGUGGAUGGCAACAGCAGCACCUUCAGAACAUGCAGCAUUCAGCCCUCGGUCAGCUGGGAAAUUGCUCUAGCUCACACUUAUGUCAGGGUUCAAAUCUCUCCCUGCCCUCUGCUCAAAGCCUGCACAUCAAGUCCGAACCUGUUUCUCCUCCUAGAGAUCGCACCAGCAGCACACCGGGGGGCUACGGUGGCGGGGUGCCACCUCCCCAGAACCCCUCGUCCCGUCAGGACUCGGGACGCUCCCCCGUUGAUAGCCUGAGCAGUUGUAGCAGCUCCCAUGAAGGCAGCGACCGUGAUGAGCACAGGAACGAGUUCCACUCGCCUCUUGGACUGGGGCGGCCCGCCCUGGAUGAGCGCGAGAGCCCCUCCAUCAAACGGGUGCGCCUCUCAGAGGGAUGGGCCACAUGAUAACUCUGUCUCGUCCACUGGCAUUGGCCCGAGGUGUCCUCAACAAUGCAGCACUAAGGUGCCCCCGAGUAAACCCCCCCCUUCCCCUUCUUCUCACUUGAUAUCAAGAGUCAUUCACCCCCCAACCCCAUGGCCUCCCCACCUUUUAUCUCUUUAAACCGAAGGAAAGAAAAAGGGAUGCCCCUUUUCAAAAUUGUGUUUCUAAUUUAUUUUCCUUUUUUCUAUUUCUUUUACUCUUUUUGGUGUGUGUGUGCUAUACAUAUUGACAUUAUAUAAACCAGUGGGGUGUUAAAAUGGGGUUUUGGAGGGAGUAGGGGUAUAUUUUCUCUAUUUGUUGGGAGGGGCUAUGCAUAAAUUCUGUUGUAUGUGGAUGAAAAGAAUCACAUAUGCAUAUAUCUUUACACGUGUGUACAUAUAUGCAUAUCAGCCAAUAAAAAAAAAAAAUAGUCAGGUACUUUGUCUUAUAAAUGUACUUACAGUUUGACCCAGCGAUAUAUCAGUGACACACAAAACAAAACAAAACAAAAAAAAAGUGUCUGUGAGAAACACCUUAGCACUUGAGUGGGACAGACAGACAGUACAGGUGUACAGUAUCGGUUUCAUUGCUAUAUACCUUCUCUGCAGUUUUCCCUUGCAAAAAUGUGUGUUAACAUUAGAUGAUGUCAUGUUGCAGGUUCAACGUAUUUAUGUAAAUAGCGGUUCGGGAGGGGGUGUUCGGGAGGGCGGGGGUAUCAGUCGUUGCCAGACAUUGCAAGAUUUAUUAACUCUCUAAAUGAAAAGCUAAUAUGCAACAUUUGAAGGAUUGUACAGGUCAGCCUGAGGCUGCAGGGAUGCGGCGCCUUCGAUGAUUUUAGCGCUCUGCUUAAGUAACCGAGCGAGGAAGGGUCACUUUUUGGAUUUGAGAGCGUAAUCGAGAAAACUCUGGAUCUAGUAUUAACUACUCAGUAUUGAUAAACAAAACAAAACAAAAAAAAUAAAAAAAUUGAAAAAACGAGAAAAAAAAAUUGUACAAUACACUUGCUUAUAUUUUCAUAUGAAAGGAAUACAAUGCAAAGCAUUUUUGUGGCUUUUUGUAGUUUCUAUAAGCCAGAAUGUGUUUUUUCAUAGCUUUGCUAAUAAAAGAUGGAUAGUUCACCCCGUGGGGAAAUGAUAGGGCUUCAAAGCCCAAGCCAUGAAAAACAGACUGAGAUCCAAUGCUUUGCUGAACUGUUUUAUCUUUGUAGAGGUUUGUUUUUAAACGUGUAUUUCUAAUUAUAUAUAAUAAUGGUAAUAUUAAGAAUCUUUAAAAAAAAAUCUGUGAAAUUAACAUGCUUGUGUAUAGCUUUCUAAUAUAUAAAUAUAUAUAAUAAUAAUUUUUGUUGGUUUCUUAGUGGAGUUCCUGUGUGCGGUUGCACAUGUUGUCUGGUUUGUUUCAUUUGAACUCCGACGGCGGUGUUCAGGGGUGCAUUUAGACUAACUUUUGAAACCAGCUGGGAAGCAUUUGCUAGGGUUUGUGUGACGCAGAGGGACAGAUCCAGAUGAAGAUCACCCCGCAUGUGGAAAAUGUCACCAAGCUGGAACUGGGGAUGACUCAGAAAUGAAUAAAUGGCACGACGUGCAACGGCUGUCAAAUUCACGAGCAAAUAUGACGAGUCGUUUGUGCAUUCGAUUUUUCAUUCUCAAUGAUCGAAUUUAGUCUAAUUAAUGUCACAACAAAAGAUUUUCCUUUCCUGUUGUUAAAUCAAGAUGCAGUCGUACUUCUAAAUCACCUUUUAAGGAAUGUUGCUAAUCCGUUGUGACAAAUUACAGCUCAUUUGCAGGACUAAUUUGAUUGUGUGCCAUGCACUCACUUCUCAUGUUCCAGUCCUGAAAGCAGGGUUCCGCAUCGCGUCACUGACAGUUCAGCUAUAGGAGGACAAACUGAUCGUGCUGGUUAGGGAGAAGCACAAUUGCAUAUUUUAGAAGAAUCUUUUUGUUUUUAUUUUUUGGGGAUUUUUAACAAUGAAACUAGCCACAUAUCUCUCUGCCUCCCAUUCGCGUAUCUGCUGUCACUUAAGUGUUAUAAUAUUUCUAUGUGCAUAUUUCAUGCAGGUUCACAAUGUUGUUACUGUAUACAGUCUGUGUAGUCAAACGGGGCAGAGCCUCUGUAAUGGUGUUUUCUCUUUUAUUUUUUAACUUCAGUACAAAAAGGUUGAGAAAAAAAAAAGAAAUAAACACGAUGUUUCAGGCAGUGAGUGGAGAAACCAAAGCCAGUGGCAUUUCUGUGUUGUAAAAUCAACUUUUAUUUUCACAUUCAUUUAUGUUUUUUCUUUUUUUUUCUUUUUUUUUUUGCAAACAUUGAAACAAGAUAAUAAAAGCAUUUGCUCAAAUGUACACCUGUUUUCACAUUUCAAUUGCGGUCAGCCUGAAGUAGCUUUAGCUUUCAAGCUGCAUCAUCCAUUCAUCUCCCUGUGCAUCGAGUUUGGAAACAUUUCAUGCACAAACUUUCAAAAUUGGCUUCUCUUUCUUGGUCAAAUUUCUUCCAGGCCUUCAUCAAAUCACAGAAUGAAUCCCAUUUCCUGGAACAUUUGCUAACAACAAUGAUUUUAAACCAAAGACAUGGACAGAAAUUGUCUCUCCUUCAUAUUUUUUUUUCUGUUUAAAUUUAAAGCCAUUGAUUUUCCUUGUUUGGUGUUCUUUUUCAUACUUUAACAGACUAUAAUGUUAGUACCUCAAAAAUGGACCCAAGCAGUACCUCAGUGGAUUUUUUGAUAAGUCACUUGCAGUGCAAAGGGGAGACCAUACACCUGUACAGCCAUGUAAAAAUAAAACAUACACUUGCUUGACUUCUGGACAGUCACUUGGGACAUUCUCUGUUGCUCACUGUGUUUGUGGUUUAUUUAAGUUGUGCUCAAAACAUAAAAAAAAAGAAGUGAUAUGUUAAAUAUUUCAAAAGCUGGUCGGUAGUUUUAAUGUAGCUUGUAUUACCCUUAAAUUAAAAAAAUGAGAAAAAAAAA